GUUGUCUCUGAAUGUCUGGAUGAAUUAUAAUUUGCAGCUUCACUGAAGGAUUCUGGGACUGUCUUGCAGCCCUUUAAAAGUUGGGGUGUUACAUGAGACCAGAUCUAACCCCUACCUUUCCCUGGAAUACGAGUGGCAGAUGAACAAAGGGCUUUGUACUACCAAGAAAAGCGGAGGGUCCUGUUGUGACAGGGCCACAUGCCUCUCCGUCCUCUGGCACUCCACACUCCAAGCAUCUGUGCUGCCUUUUAUUGCUCUGUACACGUAACUGUAUGCUGAGAGAUUAGUAUUAACCCCCGGGAUGGCUUCGUACAAUGAAUUUGUUCCCCCACCGGAGUGCCCAGUCUUUGAGCCGACCUGGGAGGAAUUCUCAGACCCCCUCAGCUUCAUCGGGCGUAUUCGUCCCAUUGCUGAGAGAACCGGAAUAUGCAAAAUUAGGCCGCCUAAGGACUGGCAGCCGCCUUUCGCUUGCGAUGUCAAAAGUUUCAGCUUCACCCCUCGAGUGCAGCGGCUCAACGAGCUGGAGGCAAUAACCCGUGUGAAGCUUGACUUUUUGGAUCAGCUGGCAAAGUUCUGGGAGUUGCAAGGCUCUGCAUUGAGGAUCCCAGUGGUGGAUCGCAAGCUUUUGGAUGUUUACGGAUUGAGUAAGGUGGUUUCCAGUGAAGGAGGCUUUGAGAUCAUCAGCAAAGAGAAGAAAUGGUCCAAAGUUGGUAGCCGUCUAGGGUACAUGCCAGGCAAGGGCACAGGGUCUCUUUUGAAGACCCACUAUGAGCGUAUAUUGUACCCCUAUGAGCUCUUCCAGUCUGGGAUCAGCCUCAUGGGCAUCCAGAAGCCCAAUCUGAAGGCAGAAGAGAAAGUGGAGGUGACUGACCCCUGUGAAGAGUCCAAAGAAUCCUCAGGCAGUGAGAAAAUCAAUUUUCCUCUGAAAAGAUCGCGGCGAAUCAAGUCGGAGCAGGAGAUGGUGGAGAACACUAAAAGCACAGAGGUGAAAAAGUUGAAUGUUCUUGGAGCACCCAGGGUGAUUGGCAUCAGUGACAGCGUUAAAGACCGAGCUGAUGAAAUGUUCAAGAAAAAGAGCUCCAAGUUUGAACUGUUUGGGAUGCAGAUGAGAAAGAAGAAAGGAGCCCUUAAAGUUAAUUUUGUGGAUCUGUAUAUUUGCUUGUUCUGUGGCCGUGGAGACUGUGAAGAGAGACUUCUCCUCUGUGAUGGCUGCGAUGACAGCUACCACACCUUCUGUCUCAUUCCUCCUCUCCCGGAGGUGCCCAAAGGAGAUUGGAGGUGUCCAAAAUGCAUUGCUGAGGAGUGCAGCAAGCCGCGUGAAGCAUUUGGUUUUGAACAGGCUGUGAGAGAGUAUACCCUGCAGAGCUUUGGAGAGAUGGCAGACAGCUUUAAAUCGGACUACUUCAACAUGCCAGUGCAUAUGGUGCCCACUGAGCUGGUGGAGAAGGAGUUCUGGCGCCUGGUGAGCUCGAUUGAAGAGGAUGUCAUUGUGGAGUAUGGGGCAGAUAUUUCUUCUAGAGACUUUGGCAGUGGUUUUCCAGUGCUCGAUGGCCGGAGGAAGAUUACCGCAGAUGAGGAGGAUUACACCCAGUGUGGAUGGAACCUCAAUAACAUGCCUGUUCUUGAGCAGUCUGUCCUGUCCCACAUCAAUGUGGACAUCUCUGGCAUGAAGGUGCCCUGGCUUUAUGUGGGCAUGUGCUUCUCUUCUUUCUGCUGGCACAUCGAGGAUCACUGGAGCUACUCCAUUAAUUACCUUCAUUGGGGAGAGCCCAAGACUUGGUACGGCGUUCCAUCCCACGCAGCAGAGCAGUUGGAGGAUGUCAUGAGAGAACUGGCUCCAGAAUUGUUUGAGGCUCAGCCAGAUCUCUUACAUCAGCUUGUGACUAUCAUGAAUCCCAACAUCCUGAUGGAACACGGUGUUCCGGUUUACAGAACCAACCAGUGUGCUGGGGAGUUUGUGGUCACUUUCCCGCGUGCUUACCACUCCGGCUUCAACCAAGGCUACAACUUUGCUGAGGCAGUGAACUUCUGCACAGCGGACUGGCUGCCUAUUGGACGCCAGUGCGUGAAUCAUUACCGUCGUUUAAGGCGAUACUGUGUCUUCUCACACGAGGAGUUAAUCUUCAAGAUGGCAACUGACCCUGAGUGCUUGGAUGUUGGCUUGGCGGCUGCUGUAUGCAAAGAGAUGACAAUAAUGAUCGAGGAUGAGACUCGACUGCGAGAAGCCAUCCUACAGCUGGGAGUCCAGCAGUCAGAAGAAGAAGUAUUUGAACUUGUCCCAGAUGAUGAGAGACAAUGCGCUUGUUGUAGAACAACAUGUUUCCUCUCUGCCCUCACUUGCAGCUGCAGUUCUGACCGUCUUGUAUGUCUGCAUCACGGCGAGGAGCUAUGCUCGUGUCCAAUGCAGGACAAGUGUCUUAGGUACCGCUACUCCCUGGAAGAUUUCCCGGCCUUGCUAUACGGUGUUAAGUCACGGGCGCAGUCCUAUGAUACAUGGGUCAGUCGGGUAACGGAAUCGCUGACUGCCAGCCUUAGUCACAAAAAAGACAUCAUAGAACUGAAGGUGAUGUUGGAGGAUGCCGAGGACCGGAAGUUCCCUGAGAACGAACUUUACCGGCGGCUCAGAGAUGCUGUAAAGGAGGCGGAAACCUGUGCUUCUGUCGCUCAGCUGUUGCUCACCAAGAAACAGAAACACAAUAAGCUGAGUCAGGACUCCGGGAAGGCUCGUACUAAGCUCACCAUGGAAGAGCUGAAAGCCUUCGUCCACCAGCUGUUCAGCCUGCCCUGCAUCAUCACACAGGCCCGUCAGGUCAAGAAUCUACUGGAUGAUGUGGAGGAGUUUCAUGAGCGUGCGCAGGAAGCUAUGUUGGAUGAAGUUCCGGAUUCCAGCAAGCUGCAGGCUCUUAUUGAUUUGGGAUCCAACCUGUAUGUGGAACUCCCAGAGUUACCUCGAUUGAAGCAGGAGCUGCUGCAGGCACGCUGGUUAGAUGAAGUCCGUCAGACUCUGUCUGACCCACACAAAGUCACCUUGGACGUGAUGAAGAAGCUGAUAGACUCUGGUGUCGGUUUGGCUCCUCAUCAUGCUGUGGAGAAAGCAAUGGGCGAGCUUCAGGAACUGCUGACAGUGUCCGAGAGGUGGGAGGAGAAGGCCAAAGCAUGUCUGCAGGCCAGGCCACAACACACUGUCUCCAGUCUGGAAAGCAUUAUCGUCGAGGCCAAGAGCAUCCAGGCCUAUCUUCCCAACGUUCUGGCACUGAAAGAGGCUUUACAGAGAGCCAAGGACUGGACUGCAAAAGUCGAGUCCAUACAGAAUGGUAGUCAAUACGCCUACAUGGAGCAGCUGGAGAGCUUCCUUAGCAAAGCUCGCCCAAUCCCAGUGCGUCUCGAAGCCCUCCCACAGCUCGAGUCUCAGGUAGCUGCUGCUCGAGCCUGGCGGGAGCGCACAGGCAGGACCUUCCUAAAGAAGAAUUCGAGCUACACAUUACUGCAGGUGCUAAGCCCUCGGAGCGAUAUUGGUGUUUACGGAAGUGGCCGGGCUAAACGGAGGAAAGUGAAAGAGCUCUUGGAAGAGAAGGAUUUGGAUUUGGAUUCUUUGAGUGAACUUGAGGAGCCUCUGGAUGAGCACCGGGACACAGCCUCUGUGGUCGCUGUAUUUAAGGAAAUGGAGUGCAAAGAGGUGAACUCCAUGCGUUCUAUACGGGCAGCUAACCUGGCGAAGAUGGCCAUGGUGGACCGUAUCGAGGAGGUGCGGUUUUGCGUUUGCCGCAAAGCUGCCAGCGGCUUCAUGCUGCAGUGUGAACUGUGCAAGGACUGGUUUCAUGGCACUUGCGUCCCUCUCCCCAAGACCACCUCCCAGAAAAAAGGCACCAACUGGCAAUCAAAAGACGUUAAAUUUCUCUGCACGCAGUGUAUGAGGUCCCGGCGGCCACGAUUGGAGACUAUCCUCUCACUACUGGUGUCUUUACAGAAGCUGCCAGUGCGGCUGCCAGAGGGGGAGGCGUUACAGUGCCUGACGGAGCGAGCAAUGAGCUGGCAGGACCGGGCACGGCAAGCGCUGGCCACUGAGGAACUGUCAUGCGCAUUGGCCAAGCUGUCUGUGCUGAGUCAGCGCAUGGUGGAACAGGCAGCGAGGGAGAAAACUGAGAAAAUUAUCAGUGCAGAGCUCCAGAAAGCUGCAGCAAACCCUGACCUGCAGGGUCACCUACCCAUUUUCCAACAGGGCUCUUUCAGCCGAGGAAUGUCUAGUUUGACUUCAUCUCCACAGCUGCCCCUGGAGUACGAUGACGAGGAGACUGAUUCAGACGAGGACAUCCGGGAGACGUACGGCUAUGAUGUUAAGGAGACUGGUAGUGUUAAGUCUACAAGCAGCCUGGAACCCAACCUGUUCUGUGAUGAAGAGAUACCUAUUAAAUCAGAGGAAGUGGUCAGCCACAUGUGGGCCGCCCCUUCAUUCUGUUCAGAACACGCAUACUCCUCUGCUUCUAAGAGCUGCAUACAAGCUACAGGAACCCCUCGGAAACAGCCCCGGAAGACCCCUCUUGUGCCCCGUAGCCUGGAGCCUCCCGUUCUAGAGCUGUCUCCCGGAGCUAAAAGCCAACUGGAAGAACUUAUGAUGUUGGGGGACCUUCUGGAGGUGUCACUGGAUGAGACACAACAUAUAUGGAGGAUUUUGCAGGCCACGCAUCCUCCUUCUGAGGAGAGGUUCCUGCAUGUUAUGGAGGAUGAUAGCCUGGACGAGAGGCCUGUGAAGGUAAAGAAAGAGUCAUCGGAGAAGAAACGCAAGAGGAAAUUGGAGAGGGCAGAGCACCUGUUAUCCGAGGGCAAACAGAGGUCCAAGGAGCUGAAGAAGCUGGACAAAACCAAAAAGAAAAAGCUGAAAUUGGGUCACGACAAGGCCAAGGAGCUCAGCAAACUGGCCAAAAGGCUUGCCAAAGAGGAGGAGCGCAAGAGGAAGAGAGAGAAGGCUGCUGCGGCCAAAGCCGAGCUUAACAAGGAGCUUACUGAGAAGAAGAGGGAGAAGAAGGUCUUGGACAUCCCCUCGAAGUACGACUGGUCUGGGGCGGAAGAUUCAGACGAUGAGAACGCCAUAUGUGCUGCACAGAACUGCCAGCGCCCAUGCAAGGACAAGGUUGACUGGGUACAGUGCGAUGGCGGCUGCGACGAAUGGUUCCAUCAGGUCUGCGUCGGCGUCUCUUGCGAGAUGGCAGAAAAUGAAGAUUACAUCUGCACGAACUGUACUCGCAAGAGAAUCCAGGGACCUUGUCUGCCCUGCCUUCCCAGCCUGAGUUGCCCCCCAGGGUUCCCUAUGCCCGGCAUCGAAGUGAAACAAGAAGUCAGCUAGCAUCAUGGACCCUUCUGAUGUGGACUUUGGCAGCUCCUCUUUUCUGUAGCUCUA